AUGAGCUCCACAGAUUCCUUGGACGAUUCCCUCCAACCAUUCCGACUGUUCGAUCUCCCACAGGAACUUCGAGAUAGAAUAUACGACCACAUGGUGCUAGACUUCGAACUCCCUCGAAUCGAAAGGGGACAGCCGGAUGCUCCCCCCGUGCGCAGAGUCUUCAGCAACGCCCGCAUCCUCGCGGUCACCCUGUCCAGCCGCCAACUCAGCCGGGAGUAUCGCGAUCGAAUCCCGCCUCCAUCCCACCUCACAGCGAAAUACGUGAGCUUCGAACCCGGCCGGGAUCCCUGGAAGCGUCCGAGUCGCCCGGAAACCAUCACCCACCUGCAGGUGGAAUUCUACGUCUUCUGUAAACCUUGCAUCCAACACGACGGCUUUGGGAGUUCGCCGUACUGCGUUCUCCAGAAUCGGGAAAGCUCGGGGGGAUUAGCGCGGUUUAUGUCGAUUCUUCAGACCGGGUUUCCGAAGCUCCGCGUCUUUGAUGUGAGGCUUGCGCUUCUGGCUUGGUGUGUUCAGGCUACCACUUGGUCGGAGAUGAAGCGAUCGCAUCCGCGACUCCUGGGACAAGUGCAAUAUUUGACUACAGAUGCGCAUAAGGUGACGGGGAUCCAGCUUCUCAAGUACAGCGGCAUCGAGGAUUUUGAUACGAUUCUUUCGGGCGAUUCGUGGAGAUACACCAUGUCCACUUGGAAGCGAGGAGAAGGGUGGAAGGCUGCGCCUGGACGGGAGUGA